AUAGUAGGGAGACCAUUGUUUUAUAUUUUACUUACUAUUGCAAUUUUCUAAAAUUGUAAUAAAUGUAAUACUCUACUUAUUUCCUAAUAAUUUGAUGUAUAUAAAUAUAGCUCCUACAUGGGUGGUCACAGAGUUAGGAAUAAGGAACCAAUGUCAUGGUCGGACGAGAAUGAACACACUUUCAUCGAAAUUCUUUAUGAGAAAGUGAAAUCAAAUGUAUUGCAAUGUUCAACAUUCACGAAAGACGAAUGGGGCAGGAUCAAUGAAAACAUGAUAGCUUCAACAAAAAUGGAUUACGGGAUAGAUAGAUUAAAGGGAAAGUGGAACCGCUUACGUAAGAUUCAUCGCAUGUUCUCUGAACUUUUGGGACAUACAGGGGUUACAUGGGAUCUAAAUACCAACAAAGUUAAUGCUGCUGAGGAAGUUUGGCAACACUUUUAUACGAUUAAUAGGUCGGAUUACAAGAUGUUCAAGAGGGAAGGAUGUAAGCACUACCACACUCUUGGGGAGAUAUUUAGUGGGACUACAGUUACUGGAGGAUUAUGCAAAGCCUCCACUCAGCUUCCAAACACAUCAGAGGAAGAAAGGCAACUAGAAAAUGAUUUUUUGAAUAGGGGAGUGCAUGUACAUGCAGAGAAUGAUGAUGAAGUCGAUGUGGUUUCUGAUACUCGUCGACGUAACGAAAUUGGAACAUCAGUUAGUAUGAGGAAUGAAGAAACUGAACUUAGAACACUUUAUCUGAAAGAAAAGCUUGCAAAGAUUCAAGGAAAAUCAAGUAAUCAGUCAGAUGUUGAAGUUAACAGUCCGGAUCCUUAUUCAAAUGUCAUUUGCAUGGACAUCUUAAACGAUAUUGAAGGGUUGUCUAAUGAGGUUUAUAUGAAAGCAAUACAGGCUUUUAAUGAUCCUAAUUUCAGGGUGUCAUUUGUGAAGAUGCCAGAAGCAAGGAGAGGACCUAUCUUGGAACUACUUUGA